AUAUAUAAGUGUUAAACACGAAGAUUCACAUAUUUAUAGACAUUUUAGGAAUAAGUAAUGUUACAUGAUGGCAACCAAUUGUGCAAAUUUCGAAACAAACUCUAAAUUUUUGUUAGAACAACUAAUUACAGCACGUAAAGAAAUAAAUAAUUUAAGACAACAAAUAAAAAGCCUGCGAUAUGUUCACGAGAGAGAUGUCAGUAGUAUUAAAAGACUUUUAGGAUUAAGUACUAGUGGUCUGAACUCUUUCUCAGAUGAAGCUGCACAAUUGCAAGCUCCAACCAAUUCUAGAAGUAAUGAACCAAGCAGUAUGGCCAAUGGUAAUGUCUUGACUUGUCGACCUAUUGGUGUUGUGUCAACUUGGUUUCCUAAAAAAAGAGGAACCCCAAGACAACCCACUGUUUGUAGCGAAACACCUGGUAAGAUAACACUUUUCAAAAGUAUCUUCACCAAUCCUGAACAUGCACUUCAAGGACUAGAAGAAUUUUCUCAUAUGUGGAUAUUGUUCUAUUUCCAUAAAAAUGAUAUAGUGCAUGUAAGAGCAAAAGUUGCACCUCCAAGACUAAAUGGCAUAAGAACUGGAGUAUUUUCAACAAGAUCCCCACAUAGACCAUCUCCUAUUGGAUUAAGUUUAGUAAAAAUAAUCAAGAUUGAAGAUUGUACCAUCUACUUUGAAGGUGUUGAUAUGAUUGAUCAAACACCAGUUUUAGACAUUAAACCAUAUAUUCCACAUUAUGAUAAUCCAGUGCAUAUAGAAAAUAUUUUACAAAGUGUUCAUUCUAAGGAAUUAAGACAAAAUAAUACAUCACCUACAUCUAUUGAUAACCCAGACGGUUGGUUUACCACAGACAUUGAUGAGGUACCUCAAGAUUCUCAUGACCAUCAUUCAAAUUUACCUCAACAAAGAGGAAAUCAACCUUUAUUGUAUACAUCUCCAAUUUCUUCAAAUUCUACCUCAAACUCAUCUGCUGAUGUGUCAAGAGAUGAAGAACUUGCCAUGAGACUACAAGCUGAGGAAUUUCAAGAGACUUUAUAUUUUGACAUAGACAAUGAUAAUUCAAGUUUUUUAGAGGACAAUGAACUUGCUGCUAUUAUUGCUGAUAGAGAUAACUUGAAUCGUAUUGGUUUUAAUUCAGUUGUUCCAGAAAAUAGCGAUGAACAAAACUUAGGAACUUCAAGACUAUUAGAAGGAGCAGAUGGCCCCAAUGCAAUUUGUGGGACUGACUUAAAUUUGAUCAGUAGACGUACUCUUAACCUGAGGCUUGAUGAUUCAUCAUCAUCUUCUUCUCCUAUUAGGAUGGGAGUUAGGGAAGCACCUGACGGCGAAGAAGGUUUUGAUUUGUUACAGCCUAAUGUUUCUCAGGCACAAAAUUUAGCCAAUAAUAGUAAUAAUUCGGACUUAAAUUUUCAAUCAAUAAUAAGGCAAACAAGUGACAAUAGUACAGAUGGAGCAGUAAGAGUUCCUGAUUGGAUAUCAAAACCAAAAACGUCUACUUUAUCAGUUGUCUUUAAUGAGCGUUCCUUACUGCAAUUGCAAGAAAUAUUACAUGAAAAAGCAGAGGAAAAACGACAAGCUGUGGAAAAUAUUUUGAAGGAGGAUCCAAGAUCUGUUUAUUUAAGACAACGUUAUGGCAAUCAAUUUUACACAUUUCUAAUUCAUGAUCUUCACAUAACUUGUAAGUUUGAUGAUGACAAAAAAAUUGUUACAGUUUUUCAAAUUCGUCAUGCAGGACGUACUUGCGAAUGUGGUCAGCCAGAAUGGCAAUGUAUAGGCCAUAAUCAUAGCUCAUCUUCAACUUUUAAUCAAGAUUAGAAUUC